AUGAUGGGCUACGGUGACGACAGUGCGAUACCGGUUCCUGCGAUCUUCAUGUUCGUCCCUGGCAUGGCUGUCGUCGUGAACCAGAACACCCACCAAGGCCUGAAAGUGGUCAACGGAUCGAGAUAUGUGGCAUUAGAUGUCAUUCUGGACAGGAAGUACCCAGGCUAUCGCAUUUCCCGUGAUACCACCCUCCACUUUGGCCCCCCCGGCCGGGGUCCUGCUAGCCUCCGAGUCAACGAGAGACUUGCACUUCGUAGGCAUGCCACCCGGAACCGUCCUUCUUGCACCCAUCAGCACAAAGAUAGAGUGUCAGAGCAAACGGCCAUGGCAACAAUGCGACGUUACUCGUCGGGGAUUACCCUGCGCAGCCGCGUUCGCAUGCACCGAUUAUAA